UGUGCUAUUGGUUGCUCCGCCCACACUGAUACGUCAUCACGUAUGCGCCAACACGUUGGUUGUACCAAGAACCGUAGUAACUAUCCUGGCUUCUGUAGAGCAUUUAGAUGAGAGCCACCAUGUUGCUGAGCCCUGUCAUUCCCAAGCUCUCCGGUAAACUGAUCGUGCUGGCGAGUGGCUCUCCAAGGAGACUGGAGAUUCUCCGCAAUGUGGGCAUACGAUUUGAGGUGGUACCAUCCUGGUUUAAAGAAACCCUUAACAAGGGACUUUUCAAAGCACCUCAUGAGUAUGCAGUAGAGACAGCCAAACAGAAAGCCCUGGAGGUUGCCCGGAGGAUGCCCUUAAAACACCUGAAAACUCCAGACAUGGUAAUCGGAGCAGACACUAUUGUGACUAUAGAUGGCAUGAUUCUGGAGAAGCCCAUAGACAAACAGGAUGCUUACAGGAUGUUGUCACGGUUGAGUGGUAAAGAGCACAGUGUCUUCACUGGUGUGGCUAUUGUCAUCUGCCAUGAGAAAGAAAAUGGAGUGGAUUAUCAGAUGAUUGACUUCUUUGAGGAAACGAAGGUGAAAUUUGCCCAUCUGUCUGAAGAUAUGCUGUGGGAGUACAUCAAUAGCGGUGAACCCAUGGACAAGGCUGGCGGCUAUGGUAUUCAGGCUUUGGGUGGCAUGCUGGUGGAGUACGUCCAUGGAGAUUUCUUCAAUGUUAUGGGCUUCCCACUCAACCACUUCUGCAAACAGAUUAGCCUUAUUUACAACCACCGGACAACUUCUUCAAACCAGGACAGUGCAUCUGUGGGUCUGAGUCACAACUCCCCUCACAACACCUCAAUACUCACUCAGCCCCCACCCAACCUGACAGCUCAGUCUAGCCAAAGUCCCACCUCAUCACCCAUCCAUAACUCCUCACCCAGCCCCAUCCAAAUACACCACACCCAGGACGGUCCUUCAUCCAGUCCUGUCCACAAGGUGAAAAGGAAAGGUAGUGAGGGUACAGCGGAUGAGAGUUCCUGGAAGUUGCCAGACAGCUUGUUUACACAUACAGCUGCAGAGUGUGAGCGCCAAGACUCUGAGAAUACAACAUUACCACAGACAACCAGCAGAGAGCAGGCGAUUGAGCUCAGUGUGGCAGAACAUGAGGCCAGUGAACCAAAUAAAGAAGACUUGGAGAAAAUCACUGAACUGGUGGAUGGAUUCAAAGCCUCAAAGGCACUGUUUACUGCAUCCAGGUUGCAUGUGUUUGACCUGCUACAGAGCAGGCCAGGCCUAGAUGCAACUCAGGUGGCCCAGGAGAUCGAAGCCUCUGUGAAGGGGACUGAACGCCUGCUGGAGGCUUGUGUGUCUCUGGGACUGUUAAAAAGCAAAGAGAGAACCAGCCAGAAGACGGUGUAUGAGAACACACGUCUGGCUGCGUGGUUUUUGUGGUCAGAUGCACCUUUUUCUCUGCACGAAUACAUCCAGCACUGUAACAACACGUUGUGGCCUCUUUUCUCUCACCUUGAGAGCGCAGUGCGGGAGGGAACCAACCAGCACGAGAAGGCCUUCGGCAAGAAGUCAAAGGAUAUUUUUCAGGAUGCUUACUUCAGCAGUAAAGAAGUGAAACUGAGGUUCAUGAACGCCAUGCACAGCAUUGCCAAAGUUACAGGAAAGGCUGUUGCAACAGCCUUUGAUCUCUCUAGUUAUAAAACAGCCUGUGACCUCGGAGGAUGCACUGGUGCCAUGGCCUAUGAGUUUACUACAGCCCAUCCUGGGUUGUCUGUGACAGUGUUUGACUUGCCAGCUGUUGUUGAGAUGAGUGAACAUUUCCAUCCCCUGCACACAGACAACAGGGUAUCGUUUGUAGCAGGGGACUUCUUUAAAGAUGAAUUGCCCAAAGCAGACUUGUACAUCCUGGCAAGAAUCCUUCAUGACUGGCCUGACGAGAAGGUGCACGUUCUGUUGAGUAAAAUUGCAGAUGCAUGCAAACCAGGUUGUGGGCUCCUGCUAAGUGAGAUCUUCCUGGAUGAAGACAGGAAGGGCCCAAGGCGUGGGCUGCUGCAGGCCCUCAGCAUGAGCGAAGGGAAACAGAGAAGUGCAACAGAAUACAGCCUGCUGUUGAAGACCCACGGUUUUGUAACAGCAAAUGUCAGGCGUACAGAUAACCUGCUGGAUGCCAUGCUCUGCAUCAAAGUGUGACAGACAACACUCUGUACAACACUGUAAAGAAACACUUGCAGUACAUUGAACUGUAUGUUGUAGGUGACUGUUGCUAAAAUAAAGGACUAAGGAAUAGAUUUACAAUGAUGUGUGAGCCUCUCUGAACCAAUAAAAAAGUCUUUAUUUUAA